AUGGCAAUCAGCAAGAAGUCAAACAAGCUUCCUCAAACAGCAGCUCUCAAGCAGAUUCUGAAAAGAUGCUCAAGUUUUGGGAAGAAAAAUGGUUACAACAAUGAAGGUGGUCUUCCUGAAGAUGUGCCAAAGGGGCAUUUUGCUGUGUAUGUUGGUGAAAACAGAAGCAGAUACAUUAUCCCAAUUUCAUGGCUGGGCCAUCCAGAGUUUCAAACUCUGCUCCAAAGGGCAGAGGAGGAGUUUGGGUUUAACCAUGACAUGGGCUUGACUAUUCCUUGCGAAGAAGUCGUUUUUCGCUCUCUGAUGCAUCAAAUAUAUUGA